GCCAACUAUAACGCCAAACGAAUAUUGUAAUAAGAGAGAGAGAUAGAGAAAGAGACUCACUCAGUGCGUGGCUUCCCUGCUCUUCGCUUCUCUUCUGGCUAUGCUUGUUUACUUAGAGAGAGAAAGCAAGAGAGAGAAAGUAUAGUAGUAGUAGUAGUGAAAGAGUGGAAAAGGGUCUAUUCUCCACCACCAUCUAUCUACACUUGUCUUCACCUCUUUGUGUUGUUUGUCUCUCUACUUUCCUAGUACUGAGAGAGAGAGAGAGAGAGAGAGAGAGAGAGGUUUUUCACAGAUGCUCUGUAAAUGGGGAAAGGUGAAUUGCAAAUUCUGCAACAACAGCAGAGCCAUGAUGAGUUCGACCAGAAUCGAGACUCUUCGGGAUUUUUUUGUGCGGGAUGUUCGGUGGUUCACUCCCGAUUCGCCAAAGAUUUCAGUUUCAAAUGCGUCUUCGUCUUGAUUUUGACUGUAUCGAUUUUGGUCUCUGGGAUCUUCUGGGUCCUUCCUCAUCGUGUAAUUAACUACGGAUUUGAUGCCCAAGAAGCCAUCAAAUUCAGUGCCUCUGCUCAGGCGUAUUUCAUAUUGGAGAAACCUGUGUCAGAGCUUGUUCCUCACAUUGGAAGAUUAGAAUAUGAUAUCAAUGCAGAAAUAGGUGUCCCAGAUACAAAGAUCGCUAUUUUAUCAAUGCACCAAUCAGGUGUGCCCAACUGGACUGCUGUGGUGUUCGGUGCUCUUCCUGAUCCAAUAAAUGCUCAAAUAAGUCCAGUGUCCUUGAGUGUGCUGCGAUCAUCUUUGAUUGAGGUGUUUAUGAAACAAACCAACCUAACGCUAACAGCAUCAAUUUUUGGGCAGCCAUCUGCAUUUGAGAUUCUUAAGUUUCAAGGAGGAGUCACUGUAAUUCCCAUGCGAUCUGCAUCAAUCUGGCAGAUACCUCAGAUUCUGUUUAAUUUUACACUCAAUAAUUCCAUUUCUGAGAUAUUGGAAAAUAUUGUUGAAUUAAAAUAUCAGUUGAAGUUCGGUUUGCGACUAAGACCCUAUGAGAAUGUGUUUGUGCAAAUAACAAAUCAAAUUGGUUCCACAGCAGCUGCUCCUGUCAUUAUUCAGGCAUCUGUCAUGUCUGAUUUUGGGAACCUCCUGCCUCAGAGAUUAAAGCAAUUGGCUGAAACACUUCAAGGCUCGCCUGCAAGAAAUCUUGGCCUUGAUAACUCUGUCUUUGGUAAAGUUAAAAGCAUCAGUUUGUCUAGCUAUCUUAAAGGUACAAUUUCUUCAAUUCCUCCAAGUCCUUCUCCAGCUCCAGGACCAACUGAUCAUGCACAUUCAUCAAUUUCCCCAUUUCCUGCUCCUCCAACUUAUCCUCCAUCAUCUCCACCUGUUGUCCUUGAUCCCCAACCAUGUGUUAACUGUGAAACUUCUUCUCCAGCACCAUCAGCUGUUUUGCAUUCUCCUCAACCUUGUCCAUAUCAUGGCUCUAGAGUUUCUCCAAGCCCGUCCCCAACUAACUCAAUUACUCCUCCGGCUUAUGCUCCUACUCCUCACUCACGGCGUAUGGGUCCCAAAUCUAAGUUAUCUCCAGAUGCUUCAGCUGUACCUGAUGUGGCCCAUGCUCCAAGUCCAGGCAAAAGCAAGGGACAGACAGAAGGCUUGGUGUCUUCAUCAUUUGCUCCGUCCCCUUUAUCUUCAGCAUCAAGUCCUUUAAACAAGGGAAUCUGGUCAAUAGGAUUCUCAGCCUUAAUCAUCUUUCAUCUUCUUCGAUGGUCUUGUUAAUAUGUCGCGUUCACAAUACAAUCCUCAAGAAAAAGAGUUUCCUAAAACACACAAACCCACAACAUACUAAUUUCUCAUCUCCAGUUUUGUUUUGGCAAGGAGGUCAGAUUGGCCCUAGAAAAAGAUUUGACAGGUUUAUUACUUUGAGGCUGAGAGCAGUCAUAUUAGGUGAAAUCAGGAGAAAAAUUACAGGUCAAAGCCAGAAGGUGGCAGGCCUCUGAUCUAGCUUGUACAUUUCUGUUCUCCAAAGAAAAUGGUGGAUAUACUCUUCGCCCUGAACUGAAGAGUUAAAAGAGUUAUGCAGGUUUGCAUUAUCAGCUUGCAGAAUUCAAAAAUGACCUUAUGUAUUAAGUUAAAAGUGUAAAAAAGAAAAAAAUAUAUGCCAGGUUCUUUUUGAGCCUCUGCAAUGCUGGCAAAAGCCAAAAUGUGGUUUUUGCUUAAAGGAAUAGGUUUAGUGUUACAUAAAUAUAUCAACUUCACAGCCGUAUGAAUAUAACAUGUUGAAUUGUUGAUAGUA